CGAGAACUCCACCGUGCUCCAAUGUACACAACCUGCGCGGUUUAUUCGUCGUCAAGAAGAUAAAAAUGUGACUUGUUCCCUUGAUUUUACCAAAAUAGCUGAAUGAUCCGCGUAUUUAUAUAGAUGAAGGAGAGCCAGGAUGCCGACCAAACUCCAGUUUAGAGUGGUGCAUGUAUCGGGCCAGGAUGACAGCUACCGGGCAGCAGAACUCAACAACCACAGUCCUCUCACCAAGGGCUGGCAGUCUUCCAGGUUCUGCUUGUACCCUCAAGACAUCGUCAUCCAGCUGGGGAAGAGAUCCCGACUUUGCAAAAUACAGAUACUGUCGCACCAGUUUCUUAUAGCAACCAAGAUAGAGUUCUAUGUGGGAGACGUCCCGGAUGGAGUGCCGCUGUCACUGGACACAGCUCGAUACACCAGGCUCGGGUAUGUGUCAUUGUCUGACAAUGAGAAGACUGGCUACAAGGCUCGGGAACUCAAGUCUGUCCAUGUCGAUGCUGUUGGGGUCUACCUCAAACUCAACAUCCACAAGAACCACGUGAACAAGUUCAACCUGUAUAACCAGGUUGGUGUUAUUGCAAUCAACGUCAUAGGGGAUCCGCUGACAAAAUCCUACGACCCUACAGACCCAGAGUACCUGCUUGAUGUAAGUGACAAUCGAAUAGAUAAAGACCCUGCAUUGGAUGGUUACUUGAACAGACCGGACUACAUUUCGCCUCUGGACGACCUCGCCUUCGACAUGUACCAGGACCCUGAGAUUGCUCAGAUCAUCCGCAGGUUGGAGCGCAAGAAGCAGGAAGCUGUGUUACAGGAGCGUUAUGACUAUGCAAAGAGGUUAAAACAUGCAAUAGCUGAACUUCAAAAGGAGUGCGCAGCUAGGUCUAAAUCACCUGCGAUGGACUAUACCCCAGCAUCCAUGCGUUACCCCUCGUCCUGGCCUUACGAAUCAGUGGCCCUCGAUGCGUCUACAUCUUUUGAACCUCAUCUGGAUCAGGAUUGGCCAGUGCCAAGGGAUCCACUUAUGACUUAUGAACCUUAUGGAAGGCAAGCAGGACCCGCAGGAAAGAAAAAUGUCCGCCAAAUUCAUAUUGAUACGGAAGAACUUAUUCGAAGCGCUCGCAACGGACAACCUCCUGAACUUAACCUUGAACUUGAAAAUGACGAGGAACUGAAGAUUUCCUUGGAUUUUACCCACAUGUCAAGGCAUCCACAUCCAAUAAACUUUGACUCUGAAAGACAGGCGACCCCUCCACGACUGGUAGACAUCCAUCGAUCACCUCGAUCACCUCCACUUACACCGCCCAAGUAUGACGAGAGACCCCUCCCUAUAACCCACAGGCAGCCCUCCCCCAAACCUGACCUUGAACCUGACCCUGACCCUGACCCUGACUCGUCUCAGCGUCGAGCAUAUGAUGAGCGACCCCUGCCAAUCCACAAACCUCCUCCAGUAGUGGAAGAAGAAAUAGAGCCAGAGCCAGAAAUGGCAGCAGGAGAGCCGGAACCCAUGACAGAGAAAGAUAUCCGAGAUGCAUCAUCUGCUAUUGAUGUGUUCGGACACCCACUUGUAUCGAAAGCUUAUUCCAAGACAUGGUCGUACCGAGAAGACUCCCUGUUGGCUGUGUACAAACAGACGCAGGCCUUGCCUUCCUCCACGCCAAAGGAGGAUGCCAAGGCCAUGAUGAGGGCAGCUAUUUUCCUCGCCAAAAGAGCGAUCGAUGACAAAGUUUAUGCAGUAUUCAAGGCAGCUCUGCAGUUGGAGAAAAUGAUCUUAACAGACUAUGUGCCAAAACACAAAAUACCUCGUCAGGAGACGAUUUCUGCCGUAGAGAAGACGAUCCCCAAUCUCCUGCACAAAUCAGGGGACACUGCUGUACGGAACCGAGAUGACACCAAGAAGUUCAUCCAAGAUUUAUCCAACUUCCCUGAAGUUAGGCCUACCAAUGUUGUACCUCAUGAGUGUGUGAAGCUCUUCAAGCCCAACAUGGCGCCACGGCUGGCACAGAGUCGGCUGGAGAUUGUGGAGACACUGUACAAGGAUCUGGGUCUCUCUACCAGUGGGCUAAACGUUGACAACCUCAUGCCUUUCUGUGUGGAAGCACUGAACCACAACGCCGGAGAGGUGCGAGAGGUCUCCGAGAGAAUCAUCAAGAAUCUGUACCGCGAAGUAGGAGCCCCUGUCAAGGACUUCCUUCCCCCAGAUGAUGAGAAGACGCGGAAGAACACUCUAUGGCGACAGUUGUUUGAAUAUUUUGACAAGGUGGACGGCAAGCCCAGUAAAUCUGAUCAGAAGAAACAGAGAGCUGAGGAUGAGGCCAGGAAGCACGCGGAGAUCGAAGCCCUACAGAAGCAGCUGCAGCAACUGAAGGACAUGGCGUCCGGAAAAGCGCCCAUCGACCAGUCCAUGGUGAAAGGUGCCAAGAAGGGAGCAGGGGGGCCUGCUAAGUCAAAAGGAAAACCCAAGUCUAAGGUGCUAGCCAAGACGUCAGAGGAGGACAACAUGUCUAUUGCCAACAUGGAAAAGGUGUGUAUAUUCUGUGGUGAGAGGAACGAAGGCUUCAAUGACGAGGGCUUGGACCUUCAUUACUGGAAGAACUGUCCCAUGUUGAAGAGAUGUGCCAACUGUAAACAGGUUGUGGAGAUCGCCAGUCUGACUGACCACCUGUUGAGUGAGUGCGAGUCCAAGGCGAUGUUCUCCAAGUGUCCACGCUGCUCCGAAGCUAUACUCAAGGAAGAAUAUGAUCAACAUGUCCAAGAGAAAGCUUGCAAUCCCGCUAAGGCAGCAAUGAACCACUGUCCACUGUGCCACCAGGACAUUUCCAACGGAGAAGAUGGAUGGAAAGAACAUUUGAUGGGGCAGAGCGGCUGUAAACAGAACCCCCGCAGACUGCUAGCUCUCAAUAAACAACCAGCACAAUCCAGAUUACCUGCACCCAAGUCCAGAGUGCCAACCAAGACCAACAAGACUGGUCGCAGAUGAGAUGCUUGUGUCCUGUGCUGUGUACAGUUGCUAACUAUAGUGAUCUUAGUGAUAAAGACAGACACUUAAAUUACCUUCAAACAAUGACUUUUAAAAAAUUGACUUUAACAGUUUGUAGUAUUGUGGGAGUCCGAAGAUUUUGUUUGUCUUGAGCGGAUAUUACUGGUAUUAUUUGCUACUUGUUGUUGAUAUGUCAAUGCUUUGAACACUUUGUGUUUCAAGAAAGCCUUUGAUGCUUUCAAAGGCAAUUUCGGGCAAGAGAGUGUAAUGGGCCAGUCAUUUGAUAAGCAGUGAUAAAAAAAAUAUUCUGUCUCGAACAAUGUGAAUAAAAACAUGAACAAACAUGAACAGACAACUUAAACAUCAUGAACAAACAUGAACAAACAACUAAAACAUGAAGAAACAGCAUGAACAAACAACUAAAACAUGAAGAAACAGCAUGAACAAACAUAAACAGACAACUAAAACAUAAAGAAACAGCAUGAACAGACAACUAAAACAGCAUGAACAGACAACUACAGCAUCAUGAAGAAACAGCAUGAACAAAUAACUACAACAUUAAGAAACAACAUGAACAAACAUGAACUGACAACUAAAACAGCAUGAACAAAUAACUAAAACAUGAAGAAACAGCAUGAACAAACAUGAACUGACAACUAAAACAGCAUUAACAGACAACUAAAACAUGAAGAAACAGCAUGAACAGACAACUAAAACAUGAAGAAACAGCAUGAACAGACAACUAAAACAUGAAGAAACAACAUGAACAAACAUGAAGAAACAACAUGCACAAACAUGAAGAAACAACUACAGCAUCAUGAAGAAACAGCAUGAACAAAUAACUACAACAUUAAGAAACAACAUGAACAAACAUGAACUGACAACUAAAACAGCAUGAACAAAUAACUAAAACAUGAAGAAACAGCAUGAACAAACAUGAACAGACAACUAAUACAUCAUGAAGAAACAACAUGAACAAACAUCAUCAGUAAACAUGGAAUGACAUGAGCAAAAAAUAUGAAUAAACAAUAUAAACAAGCAUCCCUGCCCCCUCGAAAACUAUUAAAUUGUUGGUCCAAAAAGCCAUGCGUAGUUCUUCAGAGAUUCUCAUUUAACACCAUCUUUGUGUAAAGGGAUUACCUGAGUACUGACUGUUACGGAUUUGUUAUCAAGUCAUUUUGUGUAAUUUCUUCACAUCAAAAUCACUAAAGCCAAAAUGUUCUGUAGAAGAUUCUUUCAUUAUCUGAAAUAAUCAUUGCCAUUAUCUAUGGGUGAAAUAGUUUGAGUCUAGAUUUCAGAUCAAGGCCUCAGAACAAAUACUUGUGCGUCAGCCCCCCAUGGGGCACAGGAGAACCACACAUCCAGAGUAGUGUCCCUUUGUAGAAAUUCCCGAAUCCGAUGAGAGUUAAUUUUGAAAUCCCAGAUAUGCUACAGACAUAAUCCUUGAACUAUCAGCAUCCCUCAUCACCUGCACCAUAACCUGCCAAAUCAAACUGACACACUGUGAUAUUACUGAAAUAGGAGUGAGUUUGGUUUAGUUAUACCCCUGACCUAAAAGGGCUGGGGUAUAUAAUUAUACCAAGGAAUUCCAUCUGUCCUUCCGGCCUUCCAGGGACAUUUUUGUGUGCGACUUAUAACUUGAAAACUACUGCAGUUUCAAAACUUUUUAAACUUGGAAAAGACUUUCUAUACCAAUAGGAAAGGUGUAAUGCGAAGUUUGUUUUCAAUAUUUGGAUUUUCUGAAAAAAUACCACUAUUUUUAAUUUUUUUUAAUUCUGAGGACAUUAUUGUGUGCAACCUAUAACUUAAAAACUACCAUAUACAUUCUUAUAAAACUUUAGGGAACAGUAUGAACAGGUCUGUGACCCAAGAGGAAUUUUCUUUCCAUAUUUUUGUACCGUCUUAAUCCACAUCUAAGAAUAUCUUCAUGGGUCAAAGACUUUCUCAUGUUCAAAUAUUACAAAACCCUUUGACACAUUUUUGCCUUACAUACUCAUUUAAUGUUGAAAUAAACAAAGUCUUAUUCAGAGCACAUCUGAUAACGUUCAACAUGAUUUCUUUAAUCAUGCCGAUAAUGUAGGCCAAACUGACCCCUAUCCUACCUUGUCUUUAAUGGUUAAAGUUGUUUUUAUUUUGUUUACAUACCAUACAUAUGUACCAUCUGAUAUCUUUUAGAUCACUUUACUGGAAACACAAGUAUUCUGAAGGGCUCAGUGAAACUUCAUGUCUUGUGGUUAGUAACUGGUGGUUUGUAUUGAGGUCAAACAGCUCGUUUGGAAUCUCAUCUUAGAAUUUACUUUAUAGAUGAACUUGUAGUCUCUGAAGCUGCCAGUUUUGAAGAGUCAAAUAUGUUAAGAUAACAUACUGAACAAAAACUAAAAUAAGUGAGAGAUGAGGAAUAUUUGGGGGGAUAUUUUGGUGAAAUUGUGUGCUCAGUCUUCACCACAAAAGAUUGUGUUUUUUAGAAAAUGUACAGUACAUUUGGGAUCAGCAAGCGUUUUCAAAAUGAUAUCCUGAAAGUUUGGAUGUCAAGUUUGAAAACAAUAUGAAAGUCAAUCUACCCAAUGUUAACAUGCCAAAUGUAUUGUGUUCACUUUUGGGAAAAAAGAAUCAAAACACGAUCUCUGGGUGUAUAUGCACCUCCUUUCACACAGCUGUUGUAUCUAUGAACAAAGGGGCAUUAUAGGCAAGAAAAUACGGACUCUCAUGUAAACAUUCUGGCUUAGGCGCUUAUGAAUAUUUCUCAUGGAUUGGUCUAGCAGUUGGGCCAUCUACUGAAGCCGGUUGGACUGUCAUGUGCACUUUCUAGCUUAUGAGGCUUAUGAAUAUUUCACUUGGAUUGGUCCAGCAGUUGGGGGCUUAAUAAGGUGAAUCCGGGUACCUAAAGAGUUGAAGAAGGCAAGACCAUAUUUUUGUAUUUCAAUUGGCAGCAAAUGCCUUACAAAUUCAGAUUGCUGAUAGCAAUACAAAACAAAAACAUGGUGAGACAACAUAUUUGUUUCUGAUUAUUGGAGUAGAUAUUUCAUGUACAUUAUGUUUGAAUUGUAAUCUUCCAAAAUAGUUCUGUGAUAAGAUUCUAAAUACUUUAGAAUGAGCUUGGUAUGUAAGUAGUUUGCUAACCGGUUAUUGUCAGAUAUACAUACAUACCUUCAUUAUUCAUGAUGUACAUAGCUGAUGUAAAUAAAAGCUGUAUAUAGAAGCAUCACUCCGAUCCAUUAUAGGCCAAAGAUCUUUGGUGGGUUCUCAGAUCAGUGGAGUGCUGCCCUGAUAAAUGUUCACUGACCCUUGGGAUUGUAAAGGAUAACCAAGAGGUGAAGGAUGCACCUGGAGAAAUGUUAAGCUCUGUCCCUUCCUUUGUUUUCUACAUUUCAAACUUCCGGGUGUCUUUUGGAAACGUCCACACAUGACAUUCAUCAUCUGUCGCUAAAUGUCUAAAACACCACCGCCACCUGCUGAUAAGUUGGUUCCAGGACACUCUAUGUUUGUCCAGGUGGUCAAAUAAACUGAAUCAUAUCAGACGAUGCAAGGAGGCAAUUGAAGAUGAAGUUGUUAUGAGGGUGGUCAAAUAACUUACAUGGAAUAGUACAAUAAAUGCUGUUUUAUUCUGAUUUGGUUUCUGUAUUUGUGUGUGAGUAUCUAUUUGUAAACAAAACAAAAGUUUCAUCCCAAACUUACUACAGGUUAGGAUUUUGGGUCUUUUUCGUGUUUUUUUUAAAUACUGAUGCUUAACUAUUUUCCAGGUGUAUGGUAAAGGGGAAACAACAGUGAACCACAAGAAUAACAAAACAGCAUCUCUUGAUAUGAUGGAAUAUGUGAAUGUAAAUGAUGGAAACAAGUUAUAACAGAUUAGAGACCUGCCAGUGAUGCAAGUCCUGUAUAUAUAACCCCACCGUGUUGGUGAAAGGGAGCACCUUGUUGGUGUCUUGCCUUAAGGGCUCUAACUUAUGACUAUUGUAUUUAUUUUGCCAUUCCUCUUCAGGAUCUGACUUGUACCCUUCUUCAAGAUUCUCCAAUUCCUGGGUGAUUCGAGGGUUAGCUCCUGCAAUGUUUGGAUGUGCUUAGUCUUGUUGUGAUAUGUUACUGAUAUAUACCCUGUGUGGGAUAUCUUAAACAGCAUUUGUGAGGCCUGGUUUCUGACUCAAUAUGAAAGAUGUGUACUUGACUUUUUGUGUAGAGUUGCAGCCCUUGCAACUAAAAGGAUCAGCAGGUUGUGAGAUAGAAAGAUUCUGAUCCUGAAAAUCCAUUGAUGGUAGUCAUCAUUGACUAGUGGCAUUUGAGGGAUAUAAUUCUGAACCAGUACUUGAUGCUUCAAUUUUGGUAGAAAUUGGAACUAAAUAAAACCUACAGAAUAUGUACAUAUAGUAAACAAGCUUGUCUUGUUCAAUAGUGAAAUACGGUUUAAACUAGUUUGGACUUGCCUUGAAAAAAACCCCAAAUUUCUCUGGCUGCUUGAUUUCCUGUCCACAAGCCUAACUCAAUCACUCAGUCAUCAGUCAGUGGCUGGGGGGAGUAUUCCUGCCAACAAUGCAAACCUAGGAAUCUUGUCUGACCCGGGUUCAAUUCCCGACAUGGGUACAAUGUGAGAAGCCGAUUUCUGGUGUCCCCCGCUGUGAUAUUGCUGGAAAAUUGCUAAAAGCGGCGUAAAACCAUACUAACUCACUCACUCAUAUGACAAGACCCCUUUGAUCGAUGUUCAUAUAUUUGCAUCUUUUCCCCAAACGUUGACAGUCGUUUGUUUAAAAGCUGUAGUGCAAUUUAGAAUUACUGUCUGUACUUUGUUGAUGGUAACAUGUUCUGUUAUGAGACAUAUAAUCUAUAUUUUCAAGAAGAUAGCAUGGAAAUAAACUGUUUAACAAGUAAAA